CGACGAUCAUAGAAUCGCGAGGCCCGUCGUCACGUGUUCUCCCGGUCACUCACGUGACCCCUCGGCACCGACCAAUCGGGCGGCGCUUCGUCCUGGCGAGAGCAAAAGGAAGAGGGUGGGGAUCAUUUUCCUUUUUGCGAUUUUUAAUCUUGCCACACCAACGGAGGUCGUCGACAUCAUCCUGCCCUACAGAAAGGAGACCCAUCAGCCGAGUGCACCCUCACACCCCCCACUGGCCCUCGAACUCCUCUCUGACUUGACCGCACCCCUUUCCUUUCAAAUCCGACAUGGAGCCCAUCAAGGUCCAAUCAGAAGGUGGACUGAAUGUGACCCUCACCAUUCGGCUGCUCAUGCACGGCAAGGAAGUCGGAAGCAUCAUCGGGAAGAAAGGGGAGACGGUGAAGAAAAUGCGUGAGGACAGCGGAGCCCGCAUCAACAUCUCUGAAGGCAACUGCCCCGAACGGAUAGUCACCAUCACUGGGCCGACGGAUGCCAUCUUCAAGGCCUUUGCGAUGAUAGCCUACAAGUUUGAGGAGGACAUCAUCAACUCUAUGAGCAACAGUCCCGCCACCAGCAAACCCCCUGUGACCCUGCGACUGGUUGUGCCAGCCAGCCAGUGUGGCUCGCUCAUCGGCAAAGGCGGCUCCAAAAUCAAAGAGAUGAGAGAGUCCACAGGCGCUCAGGUCCAGGUGGCCGGCGACAUGCUCCCCAACUCAACAGAGAGAGCGGUGACCAUUUCCGGGGCGCCGGAGGCCAUCAUCCAAUGCGUCAAACAGAUUUGUGUGGUGAUGCUGGAGUCCCCACCGAAAGGUGCCACAAUCCCCUACCGCCCCAAGCCUGCCUCCACCCCUGUCAUUUUUUCAGGUGGCCAGGUAAGAGCGGACCCGCUGGGGGCGUCCACAGCCAACCUCAGCCUCUUACUGCAGCACCAGCCACUGCCUGCUUACACCAUCCAAGGACAGUAUGCCAUCCCGCAUCCUGACCAGUUGAGCAAGCUCCACCAGUUGGCUAUGCAGCAAACCCCCUUUACCCCCCUCGGACAGACCACCCCUGCCUUUCCCGCAGCAGGUCUGGAUGCCAGUAACCAGGCCAGUACUCAUGAACUCACCAUUCCCAAUGAUCUAAUAGGCUGCAUAAUUGGACGCCAGGGAACCAAAAUCAACGAGAUCCGUCAGAUGUCUGGGGCACAGAUCAAAAUUGCUAACGCCAUGGAAGGGUCGUCGGAGCGCCAGAUCACCAUCACAGGGACCCCCGCCAACAUAAGCCUGGCCCAGUACCUCAUCAACGCAAGGUUCCGAGACGUGGCUGCCAUGUGGAACGACCCGUCCUCCAUGACCACAUCCUGAGCUCCCUGACUGGCUCUUCCAUCCGGCCCCUUUCUGACUGACGACGCCCUCCGGACUCUGGCUCUGGCUCUCUGAAAAUUCUGAGCGCCGGCCGCCCUGGUCCUCCACAAACCGGCGCGGCCCGACGACUCACUUUUAUUUCAGAGAGCCAUUUUGAAAAAAGAAAAAAAAAAAAAGAACACUGUUCGUUACUUUUUUUUUUGUUUUAGAGAACUGUUAAAGCAUGUUGAAUGUUUAUUAGCAACAACUUGUGUUACUUUUUUUUUCUUUCUGUUCAUCUCUUUUUCUCUGUCAGUGCUGCGUCAUAGAACAUUUAAGAAGUAAAAGUAAAAAAAAAAAGAUUGAAGAUUUUUGUAGAAGUAGUUCUUUGCAUUUAUUACAGCUCGGUGAUGCUAUCGGCAGAGUGUGGUGGGAUGUAGCCAAAAAAAAACAUUUUUAUAAUAGAUCCAGCCUUCAGAAAACAAUCUCGGACUUCUCCAUUUCUGUCCUAAUUUGCAUCGUUGUCAAAUGACAUCACAUGACCCUCCUUGGCCAAUGGUAUCACUCCCGGAGCCUCCCCGUUUUGUGUCGAUCUCCUUCGUUUAUGUACACGCUUGCUUAUAUUGCAUGUACUCAGUGUUGUGUUGUUGUGUAUUUGAGCAGAACCUGUUCGGUGGACCUUGAAAUGAAAUGUUCUUUGUGUUCCCCGUUCUUCUCCGCUCAUGUUUGAAGCUUACUUUUUGUUUUUUCUGGCCUCUCACUCGUAGUCCUGAACCCGGAACCGAUAGCCUCCUUCGAUUACUCGUGUUAUCACAUGCAUGAAAAGGAAAUGAGACAAAACGGAGCAGAAAUUGAAAUGAUUGUUUCUGAUCAUCCGGUGUUUUGUUUUGUACAAGGACUUUUAUGACUACUUGUCAACUACGCGGCGCUCAUGCAAUAGACGAUUCUACACUUUACUCUGGACCGUGUGACGGGUUUGCUGGCCUCGGGCUGGGUCCAAAACUUUUUGGCUCGAAUGGAAAAUCAUCAAGCCAAAAAUGUUUGGACCAAGGAAAAAUUUUUUUGGAGGUCAAAGAAUGUUCAGGGUUUUGUCAGGGGAGGGGAGGGGAGGGGGGGAACCUACGGGGUGGGGGCGGGGCUUGGGCGGGCACGACCACUCAGUCUCUUUUCACGAUUGUUUAUUUGUGUCAUGUCUAUCUCAUCGCUUUAUGUUUGAAUGUCUUUUUAAAGGUCACAAGUGUUUCCGAUUUGUUUUUUUUCUUUCGUGCAAGUCAUUUGACAAACGCACGUUUCUUUUUGUUUGUCGAUUAGUUAACUCAAGCUAACGAGAGGGAGGUUAGAAUGCUAUUGGGUCAAACUCGGCAAGAAGCUCAAUUCUGUGCUGAUGUACACAAACAGCUGUUGAAUGUUACUGUCCAAGUCACAUGAUCUCCUGUACGUUCAGCACGGCAACCGUUGCCCUUGUGCGACUUUUAGCAUGCUAAGCCUUUUGACUUUGCAAAAAUUGAGCAAAGGCUGUCGGGCGACAUCGCCACUGAUCAUUCUGCAAUAAUCAUGGAUGUGCUAGUUGAGCUGAGCAAUGUAACAAUAGAAGCUUUGAGUUUGGAUUAUUUGGGCUGAGUAGAAUGUCAAAGGACAAGCUGUCAUUCUUUGUAAAAGAAAUGCACAAAAGAGCAGAGAGCAUUUUUUUUUUUUUUUAGUCCAGUGCUGGUUGUGAUGGCAAAGCAGGAAUAUUGAGUUAAAGUAGCGGCAGUGUGAUUUUAAUAGCAUCGAUAUUCAUGUAUAAUUAAUUAUGUGUUUGAAAAUCAUUUAUUUACAUUUGUGUAUAUGACUGAAGCAAACUGCAACUAAUGCAAUAAUAGGGUGCAAUGUGCAAUUAUUUAUUCUCUUUCAUUUUCCCCUACUUGACUCGUAGACAGGAGAGCUAUGUAGCUUGUUGCAACAUGUUUGUUUUUGUUUCAGUUAAAGUUAUGUUACAUGUGGGAGGAGGCUUAAAAAAAAAGAUUUUUAUUUUUCAGCUUAUGUUUGUGUGUAUUGCAGUUUGAGGGGGGGGAAAAAAGUGAUCAAAGUUUGUAACUAUUUUGAUUUCUUUGCUCUGUGCAGAUCUAUAUUAGUUGUGAGUACUAUGUUUGAUUUCAAAGUGUUGCUAAGUAUAAAAACAAAUAAAGUUUCAGUUUUUCUUUCUGUGA